AUUAUCUAUUACUCAAUCUUCGAAAGAAGAUAGAUAGAUAGAGAGUCGAAAAUGGCGAUUUCCGUGGCUUCUCUUGCUUCAUCUUUUGCUUCCCUUUCAUUUUCUUCUCAGAUUUCUCAAAAACCCUAUGCUGUAUCCCUUGCUCAUUCGAAGCAAUUCUCUUUCUCUCUCGCUUCCAAAAUCUCUACGCUUGUAGUGUCAGCUUCUGUUGCUGAAGCACCGGAGACGGAGGAAUUGGAAACCAGAGAGAAUCUUUUGAAGCUUGUGAAAAGUAGACUUCCUGGAGGUUUCGCUGCACAGCCUAUUUUUGGAACUGGUAGACGUAAAAGUGCUAGUGCUCGUGUUGUUCUUCAGGAAGGUUCUGGAAAAAUCAUCAUCAACUAUCGUGAUGCUAAGGAAUAUCUUCAAGGAAAUCCAUUAUGGAUUCAAUAUGUCAAAACUCCACUGGCCACUUUAGGAUAUGAGGCUAGUUAUGACAUUUUUGUCAAGGUGGAAGGCGGUGGUCUUUCUGGGCAGGCUCAAGCAAUUUCCCUUGGCAUUGCUCGUGCACUCCUAAAGGUUAGCGAGAGCCAUAGAAAACCAUUGAGGGAGGAGGGUCUGUUAACUAGAGAUGCCAGAGUUGUUGAGCGGAAGAAAGUUGGUCUCAAGAAGGCUCGCAAGCGUCCACAAUUUUCCAAGCGUUGAGUCCAGGUUGGUACUUACUCACUGUGGCAGCAUUUGGUAGAAAGAUUUGGUGGUUUAUUGACCCAGAUUGGGAAAAAAGAGCAUAUCAAUGAUCUGUUUUGACUGUUGAAGAUGAGAAAAUGUUUCUGAAUUAUCAUCCUCAAUUGCUUCUUUGUAAAAAUUUUGUAUUAGUCCCUACUCAGAAUUACAAUUUGUUCUGUUGAUGGUAUUUUUUGAGUUUAGUUUCUUGUUCAAUGUUUAAUAUAAUUCUGGAGAUUUUUGUGCCUAAAAAAA